AUUUUGCCCAAUCCACUGGUUCACGAUUUUGACAUUUUGUUGACAUCAUGAAUGUAUAGCUCUUAUUAUUUUUUAAAUUAUAAAAUCAAUAAAUACUAGGCGAUUAUAAAGUAAUUGUAGAACCAAUAGCCAUUUUCAGGAUCAGCAUCGUCAAUGUCGUAGUCGUCAAUAUGGUUUUGUUGUUUUAGCCCUUAUCAUCUUUAACAGUUAAACCUGUCCUAAAUUAUGAUAACUGGCAUAAGCCUGGACAACUUAUUAUCUAUGUGCCUUUGAUUCAUUCACAUGACAAUUUCAGUAUUUCCCCUUAGCUACUGUCGGUAAGUUUUAGAAAUGUCGUCACCCGAAAAAAAGUUUGAUCUCCAAUACCUUCAUGUUCAAUUGUCUGCUGUUUAUGAAAAGACCCAUAAACUUGACAUGGAUUCCUACAUAAAAGCUUACAAUGAGUUUAACAAGUUCUUCGGGUUAAUGGGCACAGUAUUUGGUUUUGUAUCUUCAGAUGUAACCAGCAAACUUGAAAUAUUGCAGACUUUUAGACAAGGUAGCAAUGGUCAUCAUUUUCAAACCAUUGAGGAUAUGAUCAUUCAUGAGGAGAAUGAAAACAAGUUUAGUGAUUCCAAAUACAUAUCUGCAAGUCGUACUUUGCUACGUCUUCAUAGAGCCUUAUUGUUUAUUGCCUUAUUCCUUGAAGAACUGUUUCAACUGAAAUCAGAAGACAAGCUUUCAAGUGCCUGCCAGAAAACAUAUAGUUCCACAUUAGGGCAAUAUCAUCCUUGGAUUAUACAAAAAGCUGCAAUCAUGGCAAUGUAUGCUUUGCCCACCAAACAGGGACUCUUGCAUCGGAUUAAAUCCCCUGAUGAAACUGAAGAACACUAUAAUGAACUACUUCCUAAAGCUGUGGAUGCAAUGAAAGAAGUUUACAACAGAACCCAAAAGUUGUAUCAAGAACACAACAUACUAGAACUGCCUUGAAAAAUGUUUCCAAACCCCAGACCAAACCCCAGACCAAAUGUAAUCCAAAUUCUAAUGAAGUUUUUGCAUACAAACUUUUACCCUAUUCAUCAAUAACAGUAAUACCUUUAAUAAGAUUUUUAAAAAUCAGAAUGAGACUACAAUAAAAUUGAGCUUACCAUUUUCA